UUUCUGCAAGUCGUUGCUCAAAAAUGUCCAUCUCCGAAAAGCUUCUCCUAAUCGAACCUCAAGAGCUCACCUUCUGCUUUGAGUUAAUGAAAAAUGCAUCUUGCGGGAUUCGAUUGUGUAGCAACUCCUCAAGGCAUGUUGCUUUUAAGGUUAUGACUACAAGUCCAGAAAAGUACUUUGUUAAACCAAAUAAUGGAAUUCUUUCACCUGGAACAACUUGUCACGUUGAAGUUAUUAUGCGCGCUCCAGAGGAGGUCCCUCCAAACAUGGAGUGCAAGGAUAAGUUUCUGAUAAAGAGUGUUCUAGCAAGUCCUGAUGACACAGUAGCUAGAACACAGAAACUGUUCAACAACAGAGCACAUGCCGUUGGAGAUUACAAAUUGAGGGUUGUAUAUGUUCUUCCUCAACAGCAGCAAAGAUCAGGAGGAGGCUCUUCAAUAAAUGGACAAAUCUUGAAAAAAAGAAGUUCGAAUAGUACUAAGCUUGGGUGGCUUGGUGACAAUCUGUACAUGAAGGCCAUCUCUGUUCUGUUUCUGAGUUUGAUCUUUUUGUACCUCAUCAUGAGGAUACUCCCAGUGAUAUGGAGUUGGAUGUUUGUGGUGACAUUUUUUGUAAUAAAGAUGGCAAAGAGGCUGGUUUCGGAUUCAGUUGAGGAUUGGGUAGUCAAGACUCUCGUCUAUAUCUGUCUUCAUUUCUUUACAGUUGUUUUCCAGCGUAAGAGAAGCAGAUCCGGCCUUGAAACUCAAGUUCCCGUCGGAUGAUUCGUGUUAUAUAUGUGAAGUGAAAAUGGAAAGGUGAAAAUAUGUCUGUGUUUCCAUGAUUUUUAGUUCUUGUUGGCUUGUCCAAAUCCAAGUGCUUGUAUCUGCUUUUGUUCUUCAUCAAAGGAAAGGGUAUAUACAUAUAACUCUAAAUUCCAAAUAAUUUCCACUGUAUACUGUGCUUAAGUAUGUAAUUAGAUUUCAAACUAUUAGCAUUGUAUAAGAAAUGUCCCUUGCUUAAUUUUUUUCUUUUUUCUGGAA